AUGAAUGACGAUGAAGAUAGAGCCCAACUGAAGGCUAGGCUGUGGAUCCGUGUGGAAGAACGAUUACAACAGGUGUUGUCCUCUGAGGACAUAAAAUACACACCGAGAUUCAUCAACUCAUUGCUGGAGUUAGCAUAUCUACAAUUGGGUGAAAUGGGGAGCGAUUUGCAGGCAUUUGCUCGGCAUGCCGGUAGAGGUGUGGUCAAUAAGAGCGACCUCAUGCUAUACCUGAGAAAGCAACCUGACCUACAGGAAAGAGUUACUCAAGAAUAA